AUGGGUUUUAACGAGGAAGAGAGAGAUAUUAGGGAAGUUUCCGAGUCGAAAACGGCUUCGAAUGAAGGUAAUUACCUCGAAGAACAUCACCCUAAAAUCUAUACAAUUGCAACCGAGAUUUCUCUUUGUCUAACUGAAGUUGAUGAUGAUGGUGAAGGGAGGAAGCUCGAGUUAGGCCCUCGGCGCACCCUUAAAGAACAACUCGAAAAGGAUAAGGAAGAUGAGAGCUUGAUGAGGUGGAAAGAACAACUUCUUAGCACUCUGGAUUUCAUGUCCAUUGGAGAAAAUCUGGAACCUGAGGUUAAGAUCCUGAGCCUUGCGAUCAAAUCGCCCGGUCAACCGCAUAUACUACUAUCGAUACCGGAGAAGGAAAGCCCCAAAGGUUCAUGGUUCACCUUAAAAGAAGGUAACAAGUACAGCCUGCAAUUCACAUUCCUAGUGAGCAACAAUCUCGUAUCCGGUCUCAAGUACACUAACACCGUAUGGAAAACCGGUGUUAAAGUCGAUAGCUCGAAAGAGAUGAUGGGUACCUUCAGCCCCAAGGCAGAGCCUUACACACAUGACAUAUGUGAAGAAACAACUCCCAGUGGCAUGUUUGCCAGAGGAAACUACUCUGCCAGGAGUAAGUUCACCGAUGAUGACAACAAGUGCUACUUGGAGAUCAACUACAGUUUCGACAUACGUAAAGAAUGGCAGUGAGUACGAGUUGCAGUUAGAAAUUGACUCAGUAGGAAUGAAGCAUGUCUCGACCUUCGUUCUGAGUUGACUCACUACAGUGCUAAUGUUUGUAUUAUGUUGGUUAAAGCUUUAUAUAACUGUAAUUGGAGUUGAACCAGA